AUCAGUUUGUUUUCACAAGUCGGCGAAAUCACUACGGCAAAUCACCCCCUUAUAUAUAGCUUAACUAUACUAUAUAAACCGUUCCUAUAAAAGACAAACAUGUUUACACUGCGCCGUCUCAGUCAGCGUUUGUAUCCGCAGCAGAUUCAACACUUGAAAAUGUCACAGAUCGGAGAACUCGGAAGUGGAGCCGGCAAGGGGGGCGGCGGAGGUGGGUCGAUUCGAGAGGCUGGGGGGUCUUUUGGCAAAAUGGAGGCUGCUCGCGAGGAGGAGUUCUUCCACAAGCAGCAAAAAGAGCAGCUAAAGAACCUGAAAGCGAAGACGGAACCCAAGGCACCCGAGGCUCCUAAGAAGUAAAUGACCUAAAGCACUUUUAAAUAGAACAUAAAUGAUUCUAAUCAUCACUUGAUUAUAUUGUCUGAAUUGUAUUUACUUUUACUCCAAAUAUACUAUAUGCAAUAAGUUCGUUAAAUGAAAA